UCGCAGGUCGCAGACGCCAAUCCAAUAGAGAAAAUGGCGUCUGAAAGUUUGGUGGUGGUGUGGAGUGGUCUAACAAAACAUUGAAAAAAAUCGUGUUAAAAAUAGGGAAAUGUUCGCUCACUAUCGGUAGAUUCCCACAGGACUGUUUGGCAAACGAGUGUCCUAAAAUGACGGCCAACAUGUAUCGUGUCGGAGAUUACGUGUACUUUGAGACGUCAUCCACGUUUCCCUACCAGAUUCGGCGGAUCGAAGAACUGAACAAGACGCCAUCCGGAAAUGUAGAAGCUAAGGUGAUGUGCUUCUACAGGCGAAGAGAUUUGCCCUCUCAGCUUAUUCAACUUGCAGACAAACACCAAUGUGGAGACGCUGCCAGCCACCCACAUCCGAGGCAAAUGCUCGGUCACACUGUUCAACGAAACGGAAGCGCUCUCGUCCUACCUGAACAAGGACGACAUGUUCUUCUACUGUUUGGUCUACGAUCCCACCCAGAAAACGUUGUUGGCCGAUAAGGGCGAGAUCCGGGUGGGCAGCCGGUACCAGUGCGACAUUCAGCAGCUGUUGCGCGACGGCGAGAGCGACGGCAGAGAACUGGCCGAAACUGAGGCGCUGGUCUGGACCCCGAAUCAUAAUCUUAGUGAUCGGCAAAUCGACCAGGUGCUGGUCGUCUCGCGGUCCGUCGGCACCUUUGCACGGGCUUUGGACUGUAGUUCGAGCGUGAAACAGCCCUCAUUGCACAUGUCGGCCGCGGCAGCCAGUAGAGACAUUACGUUGUUCCAUGCAAUGGACACAUUGCAUCGGCAUGAGUACGAUCUGGCCAAUGCCAUGUGCUCUUUAGUUCCGUCGAGUGGUCCGGUGUUGUGUCGGGACGAAAUGGAAGAGUGGAGUGCGUCCGAAGCCAAUCUGUUCGAAGAGGCGCUCGACAAGUAUGGCAAAGACUUCAACGACAUCCGGAACGACUUUUUGCCUUGGAAAACCCUAAAGAACAUUAUAGAGUACUACUAUAUGUGGAAAACGACCGAUCGGUACGUUCAACAGAAGCGCGUCAAGGCAGUAGAGGCCGAGUCCAAGCUCAAGCAGGUCUACAUUCCUAACUACAACAAACCAAAUUCAGCCGCGCUUAAUAACAACAAAGGCGUUUUGAAUGGGAAUAGCAAUGGAACUGGCGCUGACCCUGCGGUAGCUCUUGGAACAAAGGCGUGCGAGUCGUGCAACGUGACUUCAUCCACUCAAUGGUACGCAUGGGCUCUGCCUCACAUGCAGUGCAGGGUGUGCGAACAAUGUUGGGCCUACUGGAAAAAGUACGGGGGCUUGAAGAUGCCAACCCGGUUCGGCGACUCUGUGGACUUUGACGGUAGCGCCAAGAAGCGCUCUGGUAGUGACAUAGAGGACGACAAAGGCAUGGGCCAUCGACCGCAUCGAUGCAACAUCGGAGGCUGCGCUAAAGAGUUCAAGCUGAAAGCCCACUUGGGAAGGCAUUACGCUACUGCACAUGGUAUUGCAGUGCGAGCCGGCUCCCCCCGACCAGUGAUGAAAACGCGCACUGCCUUCUAUUUGCUCACUACCCCCUUGACUAGGCUGUCGCGUCGCCUUUGUCGGCACCUCAUGAAGCCGAAACAUGCUGCACGUUGUCCAUCGUACGUCAUCAACUUGCAGGCCGUCAAGCAGGAGUGUGCCGUCCAAAUG